GUGUUAAUUAACAAGUAAAGCCUAAAAGAAAAUUCAAUCCAAGUUAUUUCAAAUCUGUCAGGAUGGACAUGAUUUCUGUUAAUUCCCGUAUUUCUUGCGUUACUACACCUGAAGAUGUAAGAUGCCGUGCAUGCAUAAAGGCUGCAGCAAGUUAUCAGCCUUUAAAACAAACUAUUAACAAUUUAGAUACUCAGUCAAAAACAUACGGUGAGCUAUUGAAGGAUUUGUUGCAAUUAGAUUAUACUUCUGUUUUAGAGGACCAACUCCCUCAAAAAAUUUGCAAAAAAUGUGCCAGUUUGUUGAAGAAAGUCCACAUAUUUGUCUCAGAAGCACGUAAGCGACAUGAGGAACUUUUACGAUGUAUAAACGAUAUUAAAACUGAGGAUUGUUUACAAGAGAUGCCUAUUGAUCUGCUUCAGCUAAAGGAAAUUCAGAUUAAAGCAGAACCUGAACAUACCUUAUUGGAGCUCGUGGAAGUGCAUAUUAAAACAGAACCAGUGUUUAUAGAAUCUUUACAUAGUACAAAUGAACGACCUGUAGCUUCGCUUAAUACAUUCACAAAUCUUAAUAACGCUAAUGUAACAGAGGAAAAUACCUUAAGUAAUUUCGACUUGGAAAAUUUGAGCAAUGACGCUACUGACGUCUCCUCGGCUGCUGACGAUGAUGUGGCAGAAGUCUUUAGUUUACCUCAAAAAUCAUUGGCCGUGCGUUGUGAUGUUUGUGAUAAAGUAUACGACAAUGCGGUCGCUUUGAAGAAACAUAAAACAUACACUCAUAUGCCAGACGAACAAAAGAUACCUUGCGCGUUAUGUAACUUUAAAACUAGCCGUACGUCAGCAAUUAAAGUACAUUUAAGAACUAUUCAUGGUCCAGAGACCGUAGAUAAAUACUUUAAACCUCGCAGAGUCUUUAAAGGAAGCUUUUGCUGUACUUCAUGUCCUAAACGAUAUAGUCGCAAGGAUGAUCUGCAAAGGCAUAUCAAAAAAGUACACGUUAAUGGUGAGAAUUUAGUAAAGAAACCAAAAUCGAGCCAGAAAUCCAAAAAAAGAUCAAAUCAAACAUAUUUAUGCACUUUUUGUGGUCAAUCGUUUGCUGAAAAGGGCAAUUUGAGUAUACAUGUUCGCACUCAUACGGGCGAUAGGCCUUUUAAAUGCGAGUUUUGCGAGAAAGCUUUUCGAAGUUCAGAAACUUUAAAAUAUCAUCUGGUAACACAUAGCGAUGAAAAACCACAUACUUGUUCCGAAUGUGGCAAAUCAUUUAAACGUAAAGACAAGUUACGCACGCACAUGCGCGUUCAUUCUGAGUUACGACCUUAUAAGUGUAGCGAAUGUGAAAAAUCAUUUAAAUAUUCGUGCGUGCUUAAAACUCAUAUGCACAUUCACACGGGACAAACUCCAUUUGCUUGUAAAACUUGUGGAGAAAGCUUCUCAUUAAGAACAUCUCUAAAUGUACAUUGCGUGACAAAUGGCCACGACGAACAUAUACCCAAAGCCGGUUCAGCAAUGCCUGACUUAAUAGAAUCUACCAACAAGGGUGUGGAACGUUGUCAACGGCUUUGCAUUCUUCUGGAUCACCGACUACCGUGCCAAUACUGGGAGCCUCCAAGGAUUAUUGCAAUGGACACUAUGUCUACAGGUUCCGUCAGCCCAAGCAAAAUUAAAACUAAGGAUACAAGAUGCCGCACAUGUAUAAAAACUGCAUCAAGUUAUCUGUCCUUGCAACAAGAAAUUAACGAAGUUGAUAAUCAUUCAAAAACUUACGGCGAGCUAUUGAAGGAUAUAUUACAAUUGGAUUGUACUUCUGUUUUAGAAGAUCAACUGCCGCAAAAAAUAUGCAAAAAAUGCGCCAGUUUGCUAAAGAGAAUUCAUAAGUUUGUAAUACUAGCACGUAAGCGACAUGAAGAAUUUAUUUUAUGCAGUCUUACAACUCAAAACUGCUUGAAAGAAAUUCCCAUUGAUUUGCCUUUACUUAAUGAUGUACAAAUUAAGGCAGAUCCUGAUGAAAACGAAACACCACAACAACAUUUGCUAGAACUAGUGGAAGUGCAAAUUAAAACAGAACCAGAAGUAACGGAAAUUUUAUGGAGUGAGACCGAAAAAGCUGAUCGUUCCUUUACGACUAACGUAAAACUUAAUAGAGCCAAGACAAUGGACAAAAAUACGUUAAGUAAUUGCCGUGUGGAAAAUAUAAGCAGUGAUGCUACCGACGUCUCGUCGGCCGUUGAAGAUGAUGUAGCAGAAGAAUUCAAUUUGCCGCUUAAAGCAUUGGCCGUGCGUUGCGAUGUUUGCGAUAAAGUGUACGAGAAUGCAGCAGCUUUGAAAAAACAUAAAACAUACACUCAUAUGCCAGACGAACAAAAGAUACCUUGUGCAUUAUGCAAUUUUAAAACUAGCCGCACGUCAGCAAUUAAGGUUCAUUUAAGAAACAUGCAUGGUCCGGAAACUGUAGAUAAAUAUUUUAAGCCUAUCACUGUUUUUAAAGGCAGUUUCUGUUGUACCUUAUGUCCUAAGCGAUACAGUCGCAAAGGCGAUUUGCAAAGACACGUUAAGCAAGUACACAUUAAUGGUGAGAACAUCAUUAAAAACCCAAAGUCAGCCCGUAAAACUAAAAAGGGAUUAGUUCGGACCUAUUUAUGCACGUUUUGCGGUCAGUCAUUUGGCAGAAAGAGCACGUUAAGCACACAUGUCCGUAUACAUACUGAUGAUAGACCAUACAAAUGUGAAUUCUGUGAAAAAACUUUCAAAAGUUUAGUAAAUUUAAAAUAUCAUUUGGUAACGCAUAGCGACGAAAAACCACAUACUUGUUCCGAAUGUGGUAAAUCAUUUAAUCGUAAAGAUAAAUUGCGCAGGCACAUGCGAGUUCAUUCUGAUUUACGACGUUAUAAGUGUAGCGAAUGUGAAAAAUCAUUUAAAUAUUCCUGCGUGUUGAAAACUCACAUGCAAAUACAUUUAGGACGGGAUUCAUUCGCUAGCAAAUUUGGCGAUGACAAGCUUUCAUUAGCAAAAUCUCUAAGUACGCAGAGUGUGCCAAAUGAAAACGACUAAUGAAGGAAAUUCAAAUUUGAAAAUAUGAGGGGUUGUUAUUUCACUCUGACCUACAAUUGAUUAUUAUGAUAAGUCAUUUUUUAAAUAUAUUCUCCAAGUAAAUAA